CGUGCUGGCUCUCCGGACCGCGCCAGCUGCCCCAUCAGUCCGGGCGCGCUUGAAUUUCUUUCCCAAUUUUUCUCUUUUAAGUACAAUACAAGGGAGAGGAGAUUCGUGGAUUUUUCAUUUAAAAAUCCUUCUUUAACCGCGGGGCAAUUCGCUCCCAGCCGGGAAGUGCGGCCCGGGGAGGGGCCAGGAGCGGGAACGUGCCCGGUGCUGCCCAGUCUUUGUCUGCUGCCUCCGGAUGCACAGCGAUGGGGGAAUGGACCAUCUUGGAGAGGCUGCUGGAAGCCGCGGUGCAGCAGCACUCCACUAUGAUCGGGAGGAUCCUGUUGACUGUGGUGGUGAUCUUCCGGAUCCUCAUCGUGGCCAUCGUGGGGGAGACGGUGUACGACGACGAGCAGACCAUGUUUGUGUGCAACACCCUGCAGCCCGGCUGUAACCAGGCCUGCUACGACCGCGCCUUCCCCAUCUCCCACAUCCGCUACUGGGUCUUCCAGAUCAUAAUGGUGUGUACCCCCAGCCUCUGCUUCAUCACCUACUCUGUGCACCAGUCUGCCAAGCAGCGAGAACGCCGCUACUCUACUGUCUUCCUAGCCCUGGAUAGAGACCCCCCUGAGUCCAUGGGCGGUCCUGGAGGAACUGGGGGCGGGGCCGGUGGGGGUGGAAAGCGAGAAGAUAAGAAGAUGCAGAACGCCAUAGUCAAUGGGGUGCUCCAGAACACAGAGAACACCAGCAAGGAGACGGAGCCAGAUUGUUUAGAGGUUAAGGAGCUGACCCCACAUCCAUCGGGGCUGCGCACUGCAGCGAGAUCCAAGCUCCGGAGGCAGGAAGGCAUCUCCCGCUUCUACAUCAUCCAGGUGGUGUUCCGGAACGCCCUGGAGAUUGGGUUCCUGGUGGGCCAAUACUUCCUCUACGGCUUCAGCGUCCCAGGGUUGUAUGAGUGUGACCGUUACCCUUGCAUCAAAGAGGUGGAGUGCUAUGUGUCCAGGCCCACUGAGAAGACCGUCUUCCUAGUGUUCAUGUUUGCUGUGAGCGGCAUCUGUGUGGUGCUCAACCUGGCUGAACUCAACCACUUGGGAUGGCGCAAGAUCAAGCUGGCCGUGCGAGGGGCCCAGGCCAAGAGAAAGUCAGUCUAUGAGAUCCGCAACAAGGACCUGCCCCGGGUCAGUGUUCCCAACUUUGGCAGGACUCAGUCCAGUGACUCUGCCUAUGUGUGAAGGGGCAAGUUUUGGAAAGGCUCAGGGGAUGACAGGUAGCCCUGAGGCAGAUGACUGCUUGAGAGUGGCUAUAUCUGCCCUCAUUUAUUUGACU